AUGACUAAGGGUACUCAAGCUUUCGGAAAGAAGCACGUCAAGUCCCACACGCUUUGCAAGCGCUGCGGACGCUCGUCGUUCCACAUCCAGAAGAAGCGCUGCGCUUCGUGCGGAUACCCAGAUGCCAAGAAGAGAACCUACAACUGGGGAGCCAAGUCUAUCCGCAGACGCACCACCGGAACUGGCCGCACUCGCCAUCUGAGAGACGUCAACAGACGCUUCAGGUAAAUCUUUUCUGAAUUUCUGAAUGUGAACAAAAAUGGAAAAAAUUUGCAUUUUUUAAUAAAAACACAAAAAGUAGUGUUUAAAUGAAAUGUCGUCAAAGUUUGAAUACUUUUUGGUGAAAUACUGGCUCCAGAGCAAGGUUUUAUCUGAGACUUGGACAACGCAUGUAGCUGGAAGCUAUUUGUGCAAGUCUUGGAUCAAAACGGCUUCUGGUUUGCCGGCGGCGUACCUCAUUUCCUGUAAUAACUUUGAAAGCCAGAAAAUCAGUUUAAGGAGCAAAAUAAUUUAUUUUUUAGAAACGGAUUCCGUGAGGGAACUACCCCGAAGCCGCGCGCUCAGCCAACCAACUAA